AUGCGGGUCACGGCUUGCCUGUCAAAGGGCCUUGCUGAGGCCAUCGCCGGUGACUCCGCCGCCGCUGCAUUGCGGUUUCGUGCCGCGCCUUCGCCGGCACCGCGGGUGAUGUGGAACACCGUGCUGAAGGCCUAUGCAAACGCGGGCGACCUCUCCGGUGCUGAAAAGUGGUUCAAGGAGAUGGAGUCCGCCAGCGUGGCGCCCAACAGCAAGACCUACGGCAAGCUCAUGGAGGCAGCCGCGAAGGGAGGCGACCCAGACUCUGCUGAGAAGUGGUUUGAGCACUCGACACAGAAGCUUGGAUUCGAGCCGAAUCCAACCUGGUAUGGCCUGCUGAUGGACGCUUCUGCCAAGGCUGGUGACCCUCAGCGUGCCGCGCGAUGGUUCAAGGAGGCGCGGCGCGCGGAGCUUUCGCCAGACUUGACGUACUACACCACGCUGGUGGAUAGCUGCGCCAAGGCCGCCGACCUGGCCGGGCUUCGGCACUGGCUCAAGGAAAUGGUGCAUGACAAGCUUAUGCCCAAUGCAUGGACCCUGACGGCCAUAAUCGACGGGCACGCGAAAGCCGGCGAUGUGGCCGGAGCCGAAGAAUGGCAUCGGCGGGCAGGGUCCGCGCUGGAUGAGCCACUGGACAUCAUCGCUUACACCGCCUGCUUAGACGCCGCCGCGCGUGUAGGGGAUGCAGAUGCGGCCCAGAGGUGGCUCCAUCAGUUGCAGGAGGCUGGCCUGUCCCCAAAUGAAGUUGCCUUCAACGCCGUCAUGGAUGCCAGCCUGCGGGGGGGCGACCUCCCGGGCGCAACAGACUGGUUCUACAAGAUGGUUGCCUUGAAGCUAACCCCAACGGUCGUCUCCUACAACUUGCUGAUCUCCGGCAAUGCGGGAGUAGGGCGAACAGAAAAGGCCGCCAAGCUGUUUACCAAGAUGGUGACCGCGCGGGUCACUCCAGACAUCAUCUCAUGCAAUGCUCUGAUUCAUGGCUGCGCCAGAGCGCGCAAGUCUGAAGAGGCCCGGAAGUGGUUUGCAAAGAUGAAGCCACUGGGCCUCACUCCCGACGAAAUAACAUACACGAGCCUCAUCGAGAGCUGCGCACGCUCGGGCGACGCCGCUGGCGCCGCCGACUGGCUGCGAACCAUGACCCAAGCAGCACUCGCCGCGGAUGAGGUCGCCUACACUUCCGUCCUUACAGGCUACGCCCGCUCUUCCGAUGUCGCAGAGGCGCAGCGGGUGCUCAGCGACCUCCGCUCUGCGCAGCUUGAACCAGACCUGGUGGCGUUUGGACCCCCGAGACAGACGUCAACCGCAGACUACUGA